ACCCACCUUCCCUCCAAAUAGAUCUGAGUAACGCUCACUGCAGAAACCCCACUUCUCUCACACACUCUUUGUGUGCUAUUGUGUGUAUUUCUCUACCUUUACAAUCAUCAGUCACAGUAAAUCUGAAUCAUUCUACUAUUGUUGUGAAAAAUUUGAAGGCUACAAAGAAAAAUGAUGGAAAGGGAUUCUUCAGAUGAAGAGGAGGAUCAUGAGAAUCUGAUCCCACAGAACGACAGGCGAAAUGACGUUGUAAAAUCCCCAAAUCAUUCACGCGUUGUGAGUUUUCAAAUCGAUGAUUUGAAGUCACGAAUCUCAGGUACUGCGAGCAGGUUUAAUAAGAGGUACCUUUUCGCGAUUUUGUUACCACUCGUUAUUUUGAUUCUUUAUUUCACCACUGACUUGAAAAACCUCUUUCAAACCCACAUUUCGAUUCUAAAAAAUCCUGAUAAUGCCUCUGUUAAUCGGAUGCGCGAAUCGGAACUGCGCGCGCUUUAUUUGCUUAAGCAGCAGGAAUUAGAGCUUUUCAAGCUGUGGAAUUAUACUGCAUUGGUAAAUAAUAAAUCAUCUUUGAGUGCAUUAAAUAGUAAUAAUGAUAAUUCGGGGAAUUCGAGUUCCCUUAAUAAAAUUACUAUGUUGGAGGAUCUGAAAUCCAAGUUGUUUAGUCAAAUUUCUAUCAAUAGACGAAUACAAGGCGUUUUACUGUCGUCGCAUGAUAGUGGGGAUUUUGUUGAUUUCAAUGGCAAUUACUCAGAUGAAAGUUUUGAGGAUUGGAGUAGGUGUAGGAAGGUGGACCAGAGGUUAUCAGAUAGGAGGACUAUAGAUUGGAAACCAAGGUUAAAUAAGUAUUUGUUUGCAAUUUGUGUAUCAGGGCAAAUGUCGAACCAUUUGAUUUGUUUAGAGAAGCAUAUGUUCUUUGCAGCCCUUCUUAAUCGGGUUUUGGUGAUCCCGAGUGCAAAGGUUGAUUACGAGUUCAGCCGUGUUUUGGAUAUUGAUCAUAUUAACAAGUGUCUGGGGAGGAAAGUUGUAGUGACAUUUGAGGAGUUUGCAGAGACUAAGAAGAGUAAUUUGAAUAUUGAUAAGUUUCUGUGUUAUUUCUCAUUGCCUCAGCCUUGUUUUAUGGACAACGAGCGUGUCAAGAAGUUGAAGGGGUUGGGGCUCUCCCUGAGUAAGGUUGACGCUGUCUGGAGUGAAGAUACUAAAAAGCCAAAGCAAAAGACAGUUCAGGAUGUUUUGGCGAAGUUCUCUUCUAAUGAUGAUGUUAUUGCUAUUGGAGAUGUUUUCUUUGCUGAUGUGGAGAGAGAUUGGGUGAUGCAGCCCGGUGGUCCCAUUGCCCACAACUGCAAGACAUUAAUUGAACCUAGCCGUCUCAUUAUACUCACUGCUCAGCGAUUUAUUCAGACAUUCUUGGGAAAGGAUUUUGUAGCUCUUCAUUUCCGGCGUCAUGGUUUCUUAAAGUUCUGCAACGCCAAGAAACCAAGUUGCUUUUACCCUAUUCCUCAAGCUUCAGAUUGCAUCAGCCGAGUUGUUGAAAGGGCCAACACUCCAGUAAUUUAUCUUUCAACAGAUGCUGCAGAAAGUGAAAUCGGUUUGUUACAGUCAGGUGUAGUCUGGAAUGGUAAGACUGUACCACUUGUUCAGAGGCCUGCUCGUAACUCAGCUGAAAAAUGGGAUGCUUUAUUAUACCGACACGGGCUUGAAGGAGAUGCCCAGGUUGAAGCCAUGCUGGAUAAGAGUAUUUGUGCUUUGUCUACUGUGUUCAUUGGAUCCGGAGGAUCCACAUUCACUGACGAUAUAUUGCGACUGAGGAAGGACUGGGGGUCGGCAUCUGCAUGCGAUGAAUACCUCUGUCAGGGUGAACUGCCAAAUUUUGUUGCAGAAGAUGAGUGAAAUCAUGCACAUUCUUGUUAGAACACUCUGUGCCCAAGGCUGCUCAAAGAUGAAUAGUUCUUCCUGGCUUUGCAUAAUCGAAUGAAAUUAUAAUGGUCGGCUAUUGGCUCUGGUUUCUGUGGGAUGUCCGUUCUAAGAGUCUAUCCUACUGAAGAUGGAAUCUUUGCAUGAUCUCUCGUCUCGUGAUAUCUUCUCUGAUGUAUGUAUAAUAACGACGACAACAAUAAUAAUAGUGAUAGCAUAUCAAUUUUUUGUUUGUGUAUCUUCUUUCCCCCAAGCUUUGGUGAGUUUUAUCUGUUUACUGCACCUGUUCUUGUGAGUUGUGAAUCUUGUAAACUGCGGAUAAAUAGAAACAUUUAUAUUGUGAUUUCUUUGCA